AUGCCUGACUCGAAAGACGACAACAAGCAAUGGUGUUUGUCGGAAAUUGAACGCCGCAAACUUGCCAAAGAUCUCAGUCAGACCCCAGUGGCACUACAUGGAAAAGUCUACCAAGAUCAAGAAUUCUUCGAUCCGAUCCUGGCAAAUUGCGAGGCUGCGUGUGCCGAGUCUCUUCUAGGGUACCAUAUGUCAUUGUCGGUCGGACGGCUGCAGCCAGUGAGUCUUCGCCGCCCAAAGGGGCACGGAAAGACCGAGCUAGUCAGACGUUUGAAUCACUCGCUGAAUUUAGAGAUCGAGAUCGUGGACUGCACGGUAUUCAAUCGUGAGGAUGAGUUCUUCGGGCCGAGACCGGCCUCGCAACAGCUGCACCAUGAGACUAGUCAAAAGGAUGACCUGGCUGAGUAUUUUGAUUGUGUAAUGAUCAGCCUUGGCCGGAUAACCAGCGAGAAAGACGAGGUGGAGAACUUCUUUGUGAGACUAGGGCGGGCCGAUAAAAAACUGGAGGAAGCAGUGAUAGCAACGAAAUCUCUUGAAGCUGACUUCCAGAAAGCUCGAGAGCAGAUACAAGCACUCACCGGAACUCUGAAGUCGAAAGGCGAGGAUCUUGCUGCAAUGCAAGAAGAAACUGCGGAACAGAAGGAAGGAUUCUGGAAAUGGUUAAAUGGAAGCAAAGAGUUAAGAAAUUGCCACUGA